UGACCUCUCAUAAACUACUUGACCUUGAUUUUGGGGAGGAAUAUGAUGAUGAUGAAGAUGAUGAAACAAGUGAAGAGAUGUUUGAGCUGGAAUUUAAACAGCACAAGAGAGAUUAUUACAUGAACAAGCUCGACUAUGAAGCUGUUACUCUGGACGUACUCAAGGAUCAAGCAUAUGGUUAUGUUAGAGCUAUCCAGUGGAACUUGCAUUAUUAUUAUAAUGGAGUGGCAUCAUGGAGCUGGUUUUAUCCACACCAUUAUGCACCAUACAUUUCGGAUGUCAGAGACUUUUCAAACUUGAAUUUAGAGUACGAUUUAGGAAAACCAUUUUUACCUUUUCAACAGUUGUUGGCUGUUCUGCCUGCAGGCAGUAAAGAUCUGUUACCAAAAGCAUAUCAAGGGCUAAUGUGUAAUGAGAAUUCACCUCUAAAGGAAUUCUACCCUAGUGAGUUUAAAACUGACCUCAAUGGAAAAUUACAGGAAUGGGAAGCAGUGGUACUCAUCCCUUUUAUUGAUGAGAAGAAACUUCUUAGUAGUAUGGAACCAUUGAAAGAGCUUCUUACGGUUGAUGAAAAACAACGAAACAGACAUGGCCCUCAUCUUUUGUAUACAUACACAGAAGAGUCUCUUGGUACCUAUCCCUCAUCACUUCCUGCUCGGUUCCCAGAUAUUCAUGACAAUCAUGCUCAUUGUCAGGAAGUUCAUGAAGACACUUUUCAUUUACCCGCUAAUAAAAUAAAAAAAGGACUGUGUGAUGGGGUAAAGUUGGAUGUUUACAUCCCUGGGUUUCCAACAUUUAGACAUAUUGAACAUAAGGUUACACUAAGAAAUGAAAAAGUGAAAGUUUUCCAUAUGGUCAGUAGAAAUGACAAUAUGAUUGUGUCAAUUAAUAAAGACAUUUCCCAGAGUUUGGAAGAAGUGGCAGCUGAAUUUUGUGGCCAGUGUGUCUAUGUGUCCUGGCCACAUUUAGAGGAAGCUAAAGUGCUGUCAAUUUCUGAUGGUCAGUUUAGAUAUUCUUUAAGUGAUGGCAAAAGAGAAAAGGGGCAAUUAGUGAAGAAUGAAAUGAGUGAGGAAGAAACAUCCAUAUGGAGAAAGCAAGCUUCUUCAGUCAGUGAACAUUAUUUUGAACGUUUCGGAAUAUUAACCGGAAAUGUGGAGAUCCUUCUGCAUGUUGCAAAGUUGACUGGAAGAAAGUACAUCUGUGAGUCCAGUGGUAUGGUUACUUUGGAAAAACAAUGGUCACCUGUUGCUAGUGCUUUCCCCCUUCAGUGUAUUGUAAAGAACUUGGAAGUUCAGGCUCAGAACUUUAACCAGUUUACUUCAGUGGAAGAAAUGUUUACCCCUGGUACUUUGUGCUUCAUGCUAGGACAUCCACAUUAUGGCUGCAUGGGGGAGGUGAUUGAGACAAAUCUUGUACGAGAUAAAGGUCGUAUACGUAUAAAAUUUUCAAUCUCUCAAGAACCAGACUUGAAAAAUGUGAUAAGAAACAAAAAGAACUUAAUGACAGACCACUACAUGACAGGAUUUCAAGUUGCACAAAAGUUAGGGAUCAGCAGCCAUAUGUUAUCCAGGAUGACUGGUACUGUCUUUGUCCAGACAAAUUCCUUGGAAAGCAUGUCAGCAAAUAAGACCAAUGUAGGAUUAAAUCUCAAAUUCAACAAAAAGAAUGAAGAGAUUCCAGGCUACUCAAGGAAGAUUGACAACAUCUGGUUUUAUUCUGAGAAAGCAGUUGAAGUAAUGAAAGAAUAUAUAGAAAAAUUUCCUAUUUUGUUUGAGAGAAUAGUGUCUUAUAUCCAACAAGAUGUCAUACAUGUUGAUGAUUUAUUUCCAGAAGAAAAUGGACGGGAUUUGAUUCACCAGAUAUCAGCUUGGCUCAAAUCUCUUCCAUGUUCUAAAGUGGAACGUCAAAAGUGUGGAGCUGAAGUACUUGAUGAGCCAGUAGUGAAAGCCAUAGAAGAACUAGUAGACAAGUUUCAGGAUUACAACUCUGAACAAUUGAAGCAUAUUGUGAUGCAGGUUAAGCCUAAUUUACUGUAUCGACCCUUUUAUUGCCAUGGUUCGUCUGUCCCAGAUCCAAACUCUAAUUACAUGCUUUUUGAUCGAGUAAUCAAUGUGCGAGAAGGUUAUUCUGUGCCACUAGGUUUGCGGGGUACGGUCAUUGGGAUUCAUGAGGGAGAUAAAGUAACAGAUACUAUGUAUGAUGUGGUAUUUGAUAAGUCAUUUCCUGGAGGAAUAGGAAUCAGAUGCUCAGCUACAAGAGGGUAUAGAUUGCAAGCCUCAGCAUUGAUUAACCUUUCCCAUGGAAAUCGAUUUAAACUGACAACAGAAAAUGGUUUUUUGCAGUCCUUUAAAAAUGUUGAAGAAUCCUUGUUUGAUACAGUUUUAAAUGAAAAACCUAUGACAGAGACCUUUAAGGAGAAAAAAAAGAAUUACAAAUUUCAGGGAGAAGGAAAUUUGGAUUCCUUGUAUAAUUGUAGAAGACCUCAAGAAAUACACCAUCUGUCUACUCAAACCAUAGAGCAAAGUAUCCCAUUUCAGUAUCAUCAUGCACUUUCACCAUCUUCCAAUCCCAUCUCAUGUUAUACUGGUCAAAACAUGCAACAUAAGCAUUGGCAGACAAGCCACUGUCCAUCCAUAAGACAGCCACCUUUCUACAAUCAAAUUUACAAUGUUUACACUUGUGACCCAAGUCAGUCAUCCUUUCCACCAUCUAUGGCUACCAGGGAUUUCAGGACCCAAGAUGGAGUUCCUGUAGACUUUGUUACACCAGUCUUUGGCAAGCAUCAGGGUACUAUGAUAGGGUACAGGGAUACAGUUGGCUAUGAAAGAGUUUCCAGUGGAGGUAGAGAAUCCGAAAACACUGAAUUAAGCAAGUAGCAUCAAAAUUGUUAUC